GCCCGCACAAGAAAAAGGUGUGGAUUUGCUAACGCUCGGGCCAGCAGUAGGGUAAGGCGGGGAAUCUUCGGCAAAACGGACCCCUGCUCGCUGCUGCUAUCUUAUCUUCCAAAUAGAGGCAUGUAGUAUCAGCGCUCUGGCUUGAUGAAUCAUUCACAAGUUCAAACCAGCGUAGAUGCAUGUGAGACUUGCCCAUAGUUCUGGGUGUAACAACCGGCGAACAAACCAUGUGUUGAACGCAUAUCACGACUGCAUCUCAUUCCAGCACUCUACGCUUGAUCACUUACCAGCAUGGCACCCGCAUUGUGCGCCAACUGCAUGACUGAGCGGGCGGUCAUCAAAAGGCCCAAGAACCAUGCAAAGCUCUGCAAGGCGUGCUUCAUCACAGUUUUCGAGGAUGAAGUGCAUCAUACCAUUACAUCAUCGCAGUUAUUUUAUCCCGGAGAGAAAGUGGCCAUAGGAGCAUCCGGCGGAAAAGACUCGACCGUUCUCGCCUCAGUUCUCAAAACGCUGAAUGAGCGGCACGGAUAUGGACUCGAGCUAGUCCUUUUGAGCAUAGACGAAGGAAUCAAGGGGUAUCGUGACGACUCGCUAGAGACAGUCAAGAGGAACGCGGUGCAGUAUGAUAUGCCUCUCAAGGUGGUCGGGUAUGACGAACUGUACGGCUGGACGAUGGACCAGGUCGUGGAAACGAUCGGCAAGAAGGGAAACUGCACAUACUGUGGCGUCUUCCGGCGGCAGGCACUGGACCGUGGCGCAAAGAUGCUGGGCAUCAAGCACGUCGUGACGGGCCACAACGCCGACGACGUCGCCGAAACGGUCCUCAUGAAUCUCCUGCGAGGUGAUCUGGCGCGUCUCUCGCGGAGCACCAGUAUCGUGACUGGAGACAGCCGGUCCGAGGUGAAGAGGAGCAAGCCCCUUAAGUACUCGUAUGAGAAAGAAAUCGUCCUGUAUGCACAUCACAAGAAGCUCGACUACUUCAGCACGGAGUGCAUUUACAGUCCCGAAGCAUUCCGUGGUAGCGCGAGAGGGCUCAUUAAGCAGCUGGAGAGAGUUCGUCCGACCGCCAUACUGGACAUUGUUCGGAGUGGGGAGGACAUGGCCAGACUGGUCCCCGGAGAGUCUUCCUCUUCGUGCGCAUGCAGAGGCCAGAACACCGGUGCUUUCGCGUCUGCUGAGGACGACAUUGGUGGGUGCGGCUCGCAGAACGGGCGCACGGCUGGGAAUGAGAUGGCUGUUAUGGACAAGCAACUGAGGGACAACGAGGCACACGAAGGGCUCGAAACCGAUGUUGCGAAGACAAUGGCCGAGAGCAAGCAGAGGGGGCAUGGGCAACAGGUGAAACUUGGCUUACGGAGUGAGAACGGUGCUCCUCAUGGAGUGACUCGGCAGAUACUUGGGAACUGCAAGCGCUGCGGUUACAUGUCAAGUCAGGAAAUCUGCCAGGCUUGCAUGCUUCUGGAGGGUCUGAACAAGAAUCGAGCCAAGAUACAAAUCUAGCAUUCUGUACAUUGCGAAUGCGCCUGGGAACAACAGAAGAUCCACGGUGAUG